AGAGGGAUGAGGUGGUGUGCGAAUCCGGUGGAGGUUUGUGCUCCACGGGUGCGAGACAGAACGCGCCGCCUGGGUGUGAGUCAGAGCGCGGGUGCUAGGGGGCUCGGUAACUAGUCACGGAAUCUCACUCUCGCUUCAUUCCUCCACCCAUCCAUUUUACACCGUGCGCCCGGGGAACCAGGCGUGCGCGCACGCUGCACGGUGUGUGCGCUGUGUGUGUUGGUUUGGCGAGAUGGCUGGGGCUGGGGUGUGUCCUUGUUGUGUCCCUCUCCUCGGGUUAGGGGCAGUCUCCUCUCCACCUUCUGUGGGGUGUCGGGGUGUGUCUGGAUGAGAGUGAGCUUGCUCCUGUGCUAGUGCGCGCAUGGUGCUGGUGUGGGUGAGCAUAGUGGAACCAAGUGUCAGGCUUGGGGGCUUCCGUCAGCACCCGAGUCUCUGUCUGGGGUGGCUGUUGGCGUAAUCUCGACUCAGGUGUCCAGAGGCCAAAGUGAUGGGGGUGCCCAGUCUCCCGCAGGAGUACACGCUGUACCUGGCCACCCUCCCCUCACCUCCUCAAGCUGGCCCAGGCUCCGCAGAGAGCAUCCCGCACGAGGAGGACCUGGGGAGGUGUCUCACCUGAGAGGAAUAAGAGAGUGGGGGUGCAAGGGGCGGGCCAGGUCCCCGGGCGCGGCGCGGGCUCGGGGGACCCGCGCGGCUGACGUCAGGCGACUCCUUAAAUAGAGCCGGCAGCGCGCUCCGCUCGGCAUUUCCCGAGGAGCCGGAACGCGGCCGGCGCCAGCGCCACCGUCCGGUCCGCUCGUCCUCCCGCCGGCACAGCCGCGCGGCCGCAGAGAGUCCCCCCGAAAAGGCGCUCCGAGCAUCCGGGAUGGGGCUUCUUCGGGCGCUGGGCGCGCUCCGAAGCCGACGCGCGUGAGAGCCGAGGAGUGCCGCCGGGAGUCGCCCGGAGCCCCCCGUCGCCUGGCGCUGGGGACACGCUGGCGAUGCAGCCACCCGGUCCCAGAGACGCCACCGUCCCCGGGACCCCCGGGCACGGUGCCCGCCCAGGCCAGCAGCCCCCCGAGGAGACGGCGUCCCCUGCGCCCAGCCCGCACGGAGGGGACAGAGCCACGGGAGCCCUCUAGGCGAUCGCAGGGCCACGCAGCAGCUCCGCCCGCAGGUGCCACCCCAGAAACCAUGACCCCCGGCGGCGCGGGCCCAUGGAGCCAUGGCCUAUAGGGUCCUGGGCCGCGCUGGGCCACCUCAGCCGCGGAGAGCGCGCAGGCUGCUCUUCGCCUUCACGCUGUCCUUGUCCUGCACUUACCUGUGUUACAGCUUCCUGUGCUGCUGCGACGGCCUGGGCCAGAGCCGCCUGCUCGGCCCGCCGCGCUGCCUCCGAGGCCCCGGCGCGAGCGGCCAGAAACUUCUGGCGAAGUCCCGCCCGUGUGAUCCCCCGGGACCGACGCCCAGCGAGUCCAGCGCUCCCAGCGCGCCCGCCGCGGCCGCGCCGGCGCCACGCCUCUCGGGCUCCGGCUCCAACCACUCGGGCUCCCCGAAGCUGGGCACCAAACGGCUUCCCCAAGCCCUCAUUGUGGGCGUCAAGAAAGGGGGGACCCGGGCUGUGCUGGAGUUUAUCCGCGUGCACCCUGACGUGCGGGCCUUGGGCACCGAGCCCCACUUCUUCGACAGGAACUACGGCCGAGGGCUGGACUGGUACAGAGUAUCUAACAAACCAUUUAUUCAUAUGCCUACCACAAAGGACAAAGAGCCUGAUGCCGAGGACCUUGGAGACCCAGAUCACACUGGAGAAGACGCCCAGCUAUUUCGUGACCCAAGAAGCCCCUCGACGGAUCUUCAACAUGUCACGAGACACCAAGCUGAUCGUGGUGGUGCGGAACCCAGUGACCCGAGCCAUCUCUGACUACACGCAGACGCUUUCCAAGAAGCCGGACAUCCCCACCUUUGAGGGCCUGUCCUUCCGAAACCGCAGCUUGGGCCUGGUGGACGUGUCCUGGAAUGCCAUCCGCAUCGGCAUGUAUGCGCUGCACCUGGAGAGCUGGCUACGGUACUUCCCGCUGGCCCAGAUCCACUUCGUCAGCGGCGAGCGGCUCAUCACCGACCCGGCCGGCGAAAUGGGGCGCAUUCAGGACUUCCUGGGCAUAAAGAGAUUCAUCACAGACAAGCACUUCUACUUCAACAAGACCAAAGGAUUCCCUUGCUUGAAAAAACCGGAGUCGACUGUCCUGCCUCGAUGCCUGGGCAAAUCAAAAGGGAGAACUCAUGUACAGAUCGAUCCUGAAGUCAUAGACCAGCUCCGGGAAUUUUAUAGACCUUAUAAUAUUAAAUUUUAUGAAACCGUUGGCCAGGAUUUCCGGUGGGAGUGAGUCUCUGAGGUACAGGGGCUCUACUCUUGCGUCUUCCACAAGGUUUGCUCCCAGAGACCCUGAUCCUCACCUCCAGUCCCUCUUCCCAUCUUGAAUCCCAUGAUAGAUCAUCUUGGAACCAGGAAGCUAAAUAAAGACCAAGAGACUGGUGGUUCCCCGCUCUGUCCAGGAAAAUUCUACCUGCUUCUGGCAUACCCAUCCGGUUCUAGAAUCUGCUCCCAUCUGCCCAGGAGAGGUCUUGGGGAAUUGCUGUGGAAGGGUGGAUCUCCCAGUCCAAGCGGAGAUGUUUCUGUUGCUGUGAGAACAGCAAUCUGUCAGAUCUCGGAGCACCACUCAGUGGUGGGCUUCUUAAUUCCAAGUGGCAUGUCUCUUCUCCCUGAGCUUAAUUUCCCUCAGCAGCCCCACGUGGUGGGAUGUCAGAAGGCCCUCCACCCUCCUCAGGACGCAGCAGCUCAUCAACAGUGCGCAGAGCCAAAAGCAGCUCCCUGGCCGCUCCAGGAGACGGACUCUGCGAUGACGAAAUGAGCCUGCGACUUCAAAGCUGGUGGUCUCCACUGUGCUUGGAGGAUGCUGUCUUCAAAAGAGCCCUCUGUGACUCUUCCCUGCUCCCUGUGGACAAAAGCACAUAAUUCUGCUGUUACGGGUACUUUCUUCACACGAGCUUUCAUGUUCAGCAUGCACGGAACCAUGCUUGUCCAUGUGAAAUAAAUAUGGCUCUCUCGUGUCCUUAA